AUGUCGACCUCAUACUAUGAACCACAGGGCUGGCAAGCUCCUGCUCGUCAGGCUUCAUGGGAACAGCCCGUUCCUCCGUCUCGCUCAGGAACCAGCUCGGUCUCUCAAAGAGAUGAAUCGUCCGCAUUUUCUUCGCAGUUCGACGAGGUAGACCGCGCAAUUGAUAACUUGGUUAAAAGUGGAAAGCUCUUCAACGGUCCCCGAAGAGAAUCGAUGCCGAUGAUGAUGAUGGGACGCCACUUUCCAGAAUACGACCCUCGAAUUUCCGCCGGAGGCAUGCCACCCCAGCGACACCACUCGGUUAGCGAAUUUGAUCAGACUCGCGGUCACCCCGGAUCCGCGCUUCAGGGAUUCUAUGCUUCUCAGCGCUUCCAGGGUCGUCAGUCGGAGACAGAACAGAUGCUGCAGGCCAAACGCCGAAUGGCCGCACAACGUGAACGGGAGCUCCGUAACUACCAUCAGGAGCAACAAUACAACCGAAGCCUUCUUGCCGAGAUGUCCGGAAACAAAUCCGACCGCUCUCUGAGUCCCGCUGCAAUGAGCGAGGAAAGUCGCCGCGAAUUGAUUGCACGCCAACAUCGCGCUCUGUAUGGAAAUGAAAGUCCAGCCUUUUUCGCACCAGGUUCCUUGGGUGAGGAUGCCCACAGCUCUCGCGCCGACAACACGAAUAGCGGCACCCCAUCUGUCAGCGGUGGUGUCCGUGGAUCGUCUCCUCGAGCAGUUGACCCGUUUGGCAUGGGCCAGUCACAACCCGAGGGAUUGGGCCAGGGUAAUGGACCGAACCCUGCAACUGGCCGCCAGUCUCCUCGUGCUAAUAGCACCACAUCUCCCAACACCGGCGCCAAUUCGUAUGGCCUGUAUGAGAACGUCAAUGUCGAGCAGCCAAGUACCUCGAACUCUUCUCCCGGAGGCGCGGACUCGCCGUCGUCUCGACAGCUGUCUUCCAAGUCCACCGGCCACUUGGGGUCUGUUGGACCGAUCGGCUCUCGUCCAUCUCAGCCGGCAGUUAGCCAGGCUCAAAACCCUGCUUUGAACAAGCGAUCCACUACGCCUCUGCCUUCACCACUAGGCUUUGGCUUUGCGCCAAACGAGAGUGCCAACACCGCAAAUGAGCGGUCCAACUCUUCGGCGUCCAACCCUACCACGAAAGAGAGCGCCUUCUCGUCUGGAUGGGGCAGCAACAGCGGCGUCUGGGGCAAGAACCUCGGAGUACAAGCCUCUGUUUGGGGCUAA